UGAAAGCUUGCAUCCAGUACCUCCUCCCAUUGACAUUGACAUGGCCACGGUCGUUGUGGCUGCUGCUGCUGAAGUACUUGUCGGCAUUACCAUACUCGUCGUUGCCGAUGGGAUUGACGCAGCCAUUGCCAUAUCCAUAUCCAUUUCGCUGAUUGUGUACUGGGAAAGCCGAGGUCUCGAGAACUCGUUGGGUACUCUCGGUACAACUCGUCUUCAGUCUGGAUCGUGCGCGGCUCAGACCAGCGAUUCAGUGCCUCGCACAAAGGAAGUAUUGGAAGAUAAAUGUGUUGAACAGUACACAUUCAUUUCAUACUACAUGUCGCAGAUCAUCCUCAAAACACCUCAAACCCACGCGAAAGCCGGGGCGCAGCAACACUCCAAAAGCUUCGGAGGGUAAAUGAAAAAGACUUAGGGACCUGAGAACGCUAUUUGGCCCGGGAGCCAACCAGAACUCCGCCACCGGAAAUUUCAAGCUACAAUGCGUUCCAGCAUUAGCGCAAAUUUGCUCGAGUUCUUCUGC